CCAUAGACACAGAGGUUCGUUCACUAGCGCACUAGCUACCUAGCUAAUUUCGUAUGCCACUGGAAGACAUGGGUGCUGUGUUUCUCAGCCAUUACUGACAGCGGUACAGCUGAGAGUCUACUUAGCUAUAACAAGAAAAAAAAACUAAGAGCCAUCUUCACAUCAAGCUGCCACGUUAGACGUGAACAUGGAGUCCAUGCUGAACAAGUUAAAAAGCACUGUCACCAAAGUGACGGCAGAUGUCACCAGUGCUGUCAUGGGCAACCCAGUGACACGGGAGUUUGAAGUUGGGCGACAUAUUGCCAGCGGAGGUCCUGGUUUGUGUUGGAGAAUCUACAAUGGCACUAAGAAGUCCACCAAACAGGAAGUGGCAGUGUUUGUGUUUGAUAAAAAGAUGGUUGAUAAGUAUCAGAAAUUUGAGAAGGACCAAAUUGUUGAUUCACUGAAAAAGGGGGUGCAACAGCUGACCAGACUGCGCCACCCACGUCUCCUGACUGUGCAGCAUCCUCUUGAAGAGUCACGAGACUGCUUGGCGUUUUGUACAGAGCCGGUGUUUGCCAGUCUGUCCAAUGUGUUGGGCCAGUGGGAGAACUUGCCCUGCCCCAUGCCCAACGACAUUAAGGAGUACAAACUCUACGAUGUGGAGACCAAGUAUGGCUUACUACAGAUCUCGGAGGGUUUGUCCUUUCUGCACAGUGGGGUGAAAAUGGUCCACGGCAACUUGUGCCCAGAGAACAUCAUCCUCAACAAGAGUGGAGCCUGGAAGAUUAUGGGAUUUGACUUCAGCAUCUCCUCUACUAACCCCUCAGAUGCUGAGCUUAAGUACACAUGUAAAGAGUGGGAGCCCAACCUCCCGCCACUCUGCCUCCCCAACCCCGAGUACCUGGCCCCUGAGUACAUCCUGUCCGUUAGCUGUGACUCCGCCUCCGACAUGUACUCGCUGGGCGUGGUCAUGCAUGCCGUCUUUAAUGAGGGCAAGCCUGUUUUUAAAGUCAACAAGCAUGACAUAUUUAAGAGCUUCAGCAGGCAACUGGACCAGCUGAGCAGCAUAAGUCCAGCAGUGUUGAACAAGAUCCCAGAAGAGGUUCGGGAGCAUGUCAAAAUGCUACUCAGCGUCACACCCAACGUCCGACCAGAUGCAGACCAGAUGACCAAGAUCCCAUUUUUUGAUGACGUGGGUGCUGUGACCCUGCAGUACUUUGACUCCCUCUUCCAGAGGGAUAACCUACAGAAGUCCCAGUUCUACAAAGGCCUCCCUAAAGUCCUGCCCAAACUACCCAAGAGAGUGGUGGUGUAUCGAAUCUUGCCGGCGCUGACCUCUGAGUUUGUCAACCCGGACAUGGUUCCCUUCGUGCUCCCCAACGUGCUGCUGAUCGCUGAGGAGUGCACCAAGGAGGAGUACAUUCGUCUCAUCCUGCCUGACCUCACUCCUGUUUUCAAGCAGCAAGAGCCCAUUCAGGCUAGUAAUAUGAUUCUGCUGAUAUUCCUGCAGAAGAUGGACCUACUGUUGACCAAGACACCCUCGGAGGACAUUAAGAACAGCGUGCUGCCUAUGGUUUACAGAGCUCUGGAAGCCCCUUCUGUUCAGAUUCAGGAGCUGUGCCUGAACAUCAUCCCAACGUUUGCCAACCUGAUUGACUACCCGUCCAUGAAGAACUCCCUCAUCCCUCGAAUUAAAUCAGCCUGCCUACAGACCUCUUCCCUUGCUGUACGAGUGAACUCUUUGGUGUGUCUAGGGAAAAUUUUGGAGUAUCUCGACAAGUGGUAUGUCAUUGAUGAGAUCCUGCCCUUCCUACAACAGAUCCCUUCCAGAGAACCAGCAGUACUCAUGGGCGUUCUAGGAAUCUAUAAGUGCACCUUCAGCCACAAAAAAUUGGGCAUCCCCAAAGAGCACCUUGCCACCAAGAGUCUGCCCCACCUUGUGUCUCUUAGUAUAGACAACAACCUCAACCUUAACCAGUUUAACUCGUUCAUGGUGGUUAUACGGGACAUGCUGAGUCGCAUGGAGAAUGAACACAAGACCAAGUUGGAGCAGCUGCACAUCAUGCAGGAGCAGCAGAGGAGUAUAAACAUCUCAAACCCAGGGAACCAGUCCGAGCAGACCAAGAGCCCACCUAGCAGUGGCAACCAGAUUGAUGAUAUCUUUGGCAGCACAGGGGUUAACGGGAAAGAGAAUGGAUCUGCACCGACAGCUCCACAGCCUAAUAGAAUGUCUCUGACUCUGGAGGAGAAACAGCGAUUGGCUAAGGAACAGGAGCAGGCAGCCAAACUGAGGAACCAGCAGCCAUUAGCUCCACAGAGUAUGCAGCCAGCCAACACCAACAACGCAAAGACUAAGGAUCUGACAAGCAGCCUGCUCAAUAGCAUGACAUCUCUAAACAGCCUGUCCUUGGCCCACACAGCAAGACCAGCCCCAGUGCAGGGCACCACCAUCCCUGCCUUCCCCUCCUCCGGCCCCAUGGUGGGCUCCAUGGGAGCCCCGGUCUCCAACGGCUUUAACCCACCCAUGGGCUUUCAGACAGGAGGCAUGGGGAUGGGCAUGCGUCCCUGCGUCCCCGCUCUCUACGGCGGCUUGGCCACCACCACUAGCACCCCAAACUUUGGAGCCCUCACGCAGAAUCAAGGACCUGUUGGACAGACAAAUAAAGCCCCCAACUUAUCAGCCUUGGACAGUCUGUUCACACCCAGCCAGCCCAAAGUCACCCUCAACCAAAUGGGUCCAAAGGCUACACCUGGCACCAACACCCCUUGGCUCAAUCAGUUUGGUUCAGCCCAGAACGCUCAGACUCAGAUGCAGGGUGCACCCGUAGGUGUAGGAGGAGUGCCUGGUGGGUUUGGGAUGCAAGCAAACCCUUUUUUCAGCCCGCAGAACUUUUCUCAACCUGCUGCUGCCCCUAGCCUGAACCAAAGUGGAAUUAAACAUAGUUCAUCUGUCAACAAUGAUCUGAAAGACUUAUUCGGCUAAACGUAAAUUAAAAAAAAUAGAUGCCAGGUGAAGUAUAUUCCUUUAAUAUCAUUGGAUAGAAGAUCCUUGAAUUCUCACAGAACAAGACACUAAUUGAAUGUGACGAUUUCAAAUCCUUUGCUGAUCGUGUUUUUAAUCUGACCUGGUAUGAAUUCUGACUCUUGCUCACAUUCAGCCCAUCUGAAAUUUUGUUUCUACUUGACCAGAAGGUUGGGUGGGAACUCCUUCUUAUAUGCUGUGUUCUUUCAAUGCUGGGGUUUCCUACUUUUUUGUACUUGACAUUCUUGGGAGUCUAAAUGUUAUGAGUUGAUAUUAAUCCCAACUCGGUUUAUUCAGGAAGGUUUUGAGUUCAUUUCAUGAGUGAUUGAAUAGAUUUCACUUCCUGAAUAAGUUGCAUCAGAAUGACCUCUUUUUAAAAAUUGGCAGUAAAAGAAGGGAAAAGUGGCUUCACAUCUGCUUAGUUUUAGGCUUCUGUAUCUUUAUUGCUUCUCCAGACUAUUUUAGAAUUUGCUGCAUGUCUAAAGUGAUCAGAGAGUUGGCUUAAAAACAAAAAACGCAAAUACCAAAAUGUCCAAGCCCAGUGGGAGGUAGCUUGAUGUGUAGCACUGACAAGCCUGCAGUCACUGAUCUACAUCCAGGAGGCUCCUCGGUGGAGAUCUGAAAAGGCGUGUGGAAAAUUGAAAGCCCAACCGUCUCGGUUCAGAUGAGAAAAACCAAGUAGCCCCACUGCAGUCUGUCUCCAUGGUAACUGUUUCACUGCAGCACCAGAAACCUGAAGCAGUCCGGGUUUUUUUACCCUUUGGACUCAUUCUUUUAUUAUCAGGUUCCAAGGCUGCUAAGCUUGCUUUUUUUUCUCCAUUGCUUAAUUUGACAUCUAAGCGAGCGUGUUGAAAAGGGAAGGGUUAGUUUUGUCUGGUUAAAGUUUCUUGACUACCAUUUCACCUCCUUUGAUAACAA